AUGAUUCGGUAUUUAUCACCGAAAGAGGACGAUGAUGCUACCGAUCGGUUGCAUUACCUUUAUAGCAGUAAUAUUCUACUUGCAUUUGCUGUAUUGAUAAGUUUCAAGCAGUUUGGUGGUCGACCGUUGGAAUGCAUGUUUCCUAACAAAUUUCCUGGAUCAUGGGAACAAUAUGCAGAAAAUUAUUGUUGGUCACGUGAUACAUAUUAUGUACAACCGGAUGUUCACGUAGCAACAUUAAAACAGGAAGAAAGAUACACGCCGGAACGACAAUUAUCUUACUACAAAUGGGUACCAUUCUUUUUACUUCUGCAAGCUGCAUGCUUCCGAUUGCCGAGUGUGUUUUGGAAUUACUUAUCUUUUAGUUCAGGAAUACGAAUUCAUGAAAUAGUCGAGAAAGCAAUGGAUCCAUCAAAUCUUGAUGAAAAUAUCAGAAGUCGAAAUAUUGAAACUUUAACACGUCAUAUGCAAAAUGCAUUGAAAUUCCAUCGGAGAAUUUUGAAAUUUCUGCGAACAAAUGCAAAUAGCUGGUACGGUUUCGAUGUAAUUAGAGACAUCACAAAUGGUACCGAAUGGACAACAUCUGGCUAUUUUCCCCGUAUUUCAGUAUGUGAUUUCACGGUUCGCCAAGUGGGUAACAUUCAGCGAUAUUCCGUCCAAUGUGUUUUGGUUAUCAAUAUGUUCAAUGAAAAAAUAUUUGUUUUUCUUUGGUUCUGGUAUUUAUUUCUUGUCCUCUGUACUACUUUGUCAUUAUUUUAUUGGUUCAUCGUUCUUACAUGUCCAUGUUUUGGUCGUUGGUUCAUUUCACAAAGUUUGGAAUUAUCUGAAAUGAAAUUUGAUCCCGAUACUAAAACAAAGGAAGUGGAUCGAUUUGUGAGAAGUUACCUACGAUGUGAUGGUUUGUUUGUGUUGCGAAUGGUUGAGAUUCAUGCCGGUGUAUUAUUCUGCACCGAUCUGAUACUAUCACUUUGGAAUGCUUUUUAUGAAGUUGAAGAAAAGCUUUCUGAAAGUCGUGGAUCAAUGGAUGAUUAUAAAGAGAAUGCGAGUAAUUUAUUCCGAGUUGAUUCCUCUUCAAAUGAUGCAACCGUAAAAGAGAAAUUUAUUCGUUUACGAAAACCGACUCGGGAAUUAAAAGUUAAUGCGGAACCAAAUUCAAUAUUACUUCCGCUGAUACCAGAAAAUCAACAAAACGAAAAAGCUGAAGAUAUAUGA